AGCAAGAAAGGAGGAUGGUUGGUUCUGGACAGUUUCUAAAGUGGCAUUGUGUAUAGGCUAAGUCUAAGGUGCAGGGUCUCCCAAACAACAUCUCUGUGUAGUCUUUCUGCUGUUGAGAGCACAAGUCAUCCUACUGCUUCAUUUUCAGUAUUGGGUCCCCCAGGGAUUUAUUUUAGGACCACUUCUCUUUAUACUGUACAUAAAUGAUUUUGUAAAUUCCUCUAAUGUUCAACACAAAGUCUUAUUUGCUGUUGGUACACACAUAUUUGUUUCUCAUAAGAAAUGUAAAUCUGCAAAAUAGUCUCCAUGAGGAACUUACAAAGGUUACCACAUUGCUUAAAGCAAUAAUACACUAUAUUACAUGCACUAACGCUGACUGAAUGUAAUAUCUUUCCCUGUUUUAAUUAUAAUACCUCUACAUAGCUCUUGCUAGGGACUUCAAAACAAGUGAUCGUACUCUUAAAUGCAUUUAUUUUUCAUGUCAUAUUUCUGUUUUUGUAUUUUACCUGUAAUGUUUUGACUGGCUUUCGGGCUUUAGUGUGAUUUUCUAAGAUCCUAUAUAUCUAGUGUUUGGGCCCCUAUUCUCAAACUUCCUCUAGCUUAUCGGGUGUCCCAUUUCACAUAUCUCAAUGAUGUCCUAUGAUUGUCUUUGUAUUUUAACUGUUUGUGAAUAAAAUGAAUUGAAUUUUGCCCACCAUCUCAUUGACUAUAAGGUAAUAAUUGUAAAUCUUGACUAAUUUACUGACAUGAUUUGGAAAUAUAUGGCAUUGACAAAGCUGCUUUUUCACCUAUUGUCUCUACAUUUCGACAUCAGUGUGGACCACUUGAUAAAUGCUGAUUUGACCUGAAGCUACUGAGAAAGUGUAGAGUAUUAUUUAUUUAUUGUUGAAAUGCUAAAGAUGUGACAAUGCAAUUAGCUUGCAGGGUCUAAAAAUAUCUUUCUAAUCUAGAUAUCAUGUUAACAGUUAAAUGGAUGGUUCUUAUCUACAUGUCACUGUGUUGCUAGCAAUAUUGUAUAAUAUCAAAGUUAGUUUUUACUCAGUUAAACUGAUCAUUUGGUCUGUUUUAGGAUACAUUAUCAUUAAGAAUGAGCAUCUGUAAUCUGGCAGAAUUAUGUAUUUGUUCUAUGAAGAUAUAUCCAUUUUAGGAAUACAUGAUCUGCUCAAACAGCUAAUCCAGAAAAAAGUUGUCUUUGAUUCGAAACUCUACUUUUAUGUCAAAUUGUUUUAGAUCACAAGUCAAAUUGGCAAAGUGGAAUUAUCUAUUUAUUUAUUUGUUAAAUUAAUGUAAUGUUUUUCACCUGUGUACCAAAAGACUGAACAGAAAUCAGGGGAUUGCAAACAUCUUUAAGGAGUUUGUUGCUGUGCUUGCAUCCAAGCCAUGCUCCUUACGAGAGCUGGAACUGAGUUACACCAGUUUAAAAGACUCAGAAAUGGAGAUCCUCUCUACUGGGCUGAUGAGCACAAACUGUAACCUGGAGGUGUUGAAUCUCAGUCACAACAGACUCACUGAGAAAGGUUGUAAGAUGUUGACCUCAGCACUCAGCUCCAAAUCUUCCCGCCUGACAAAACUAGACCUGAGCUACAAUGACCUGCGGCUGCGCGACUCAGGAGUGAUGGCGCUCUGUUCUGCACUCACAAAACUACAAUGUGGUUUGAAAACACUAAGGCUGUCAUUUUGUAAAGUGACAGUAGAUGGAUGUGUCGCCAUGGCCUCAGCUUUGAGGUCUGAACACUGCGGCCUCAGGGAGUUGGACCUGAAGUUUAAUCACCUGGCAGAUAAAGGAGUCACGUUGCUGACUGACAUACAGAGGGAUGCUUGCUGCAGUCUAGAGAAACUCAAUGUGGACCAAAAUGAGGAAUGCUGGUUCGACCUGAAGCUACUGAGACAGUGUAAGUGUUAUUGAACACGUCAUUUAUUUUUUAUGAAAAUGCUAAAGAUAUGACAUUGCAAUGUGUCCGGCAGUGGCUCAGUCAGUAGGGGCUUGGACUGGGAGCUGUAGGGUCGCAAGUUCAAGUUUAAGUCCCUGAACAGACUUAAAGUAUGGAGUGUGGACUGCUACUUAGAGAGGUCCCAGUUCACCUCCUGCCCUGUCGUGGUGCCCUUGAGCAAGGCACCGGACAACCCCCCCACUCCCAUUGCUCCCUGGGCGCUGUACAAUAGCUGCCCACUGCUCCUAGUACUAGACUCCUGGUACUAGGAUGGGUUAAAAGCAGAGAACAAAUGUCACUGUGUGUGCUGUGUGCUCUGCAUGUGUGACCAUUAAAGAGGGUUUCAUCCCUCCCAAUUCUUUAUAAGGUUAAAACAAGUCUUAAAAUAUAUUUUAAAUGUGAUAAGGAUAUCAUGUUGAUAGGCAAUUUUCAUCACUGUGAAAUAUCAACGGUGUUGUGGAAUAUUUUCCAAGGCCCAUAACUUUGACCCAGUUGAUCAGUUCAAACUAUCCUGACUGAGCACAUGCACCUCGUAACCUUGGCUGCUGUGCUCUCAGUGUU